CGGGGCCGGAAAGGCAGGAGGAAGUGCGGGCCCGAGAUCCGCCUCGGCUGUGCGGAGGCUGCAGGGCUGCCCGCCAUGGCCGCAGCGGACCCGGGCGCGGGGUCCGCGCCCCUCGCGCCCUCCACGUCCUCCCUGCCCCUGGCCGCGCUCAACGUGCGGGUGCGGCGCCGCCUGUCGCUGUUCCUGAACGUGCGCACGCAGGUGGCGGCCGACUGGAGCGCGCUGGCCGAGGAGAUGGGCUUCGAGUAUCUGGAGAUCCGGCAGCUGGAGACGCACGCCGACCCCACGGGCAAACUGCUGGACGCCUGGCAGGGCCGCCCCGGCGCCUCGGUGGGCGGGCUGCUCGGGCUGCUCGCCAAGCUGGGCCGCGACGACGUGCUGCUGGAGCUGGGGCCCAGCAUCGAGGAGGAUUGCCAAAAGUACAUUCUGAAGCAGCAGCAGGAGGAGUCGGAGAAGCCCUUACAGGUGGCCGCUGUGGACAGCAGCGUCCCCCGGACAGCAGAGCUGGCGGGCAUCACCACGCUCGACGACCCCCUGGGGCAAAUGCCGGAGCGCUUUGAUGCCUUUAUCUGCUACUGCUCCAGCGACAUCCAGUUUGUACAAGAGAUGAUCCAGCAGCUGGAACAGACAAACUACCGGCUGAAGUUGUGUGUGUCCGACAGGGACGUCCUGCCUGGCACCUGUGUCUGGUCUAUUGCCAGUGAGCUCAUUGAGAAGAGGUGCCGCCGGAUGGUGGUAGUUGUCUCCGAUGAUUACCUGCAAAGCAAGGAAUGUGACUUCCAGACUAAGUUUGCACUCAGCCUCUCUCCAGGCGCCCAUCAGAAGCGACUGAUCCCCGUCAAGUACAAGGCAAUGAAGAAAGAGUUCCCGAGCAUCCUGCGGUUCAUCACCGUCUGUGACUACACCAACCCCUGCACCAAGUCCUGGUUCUGGACUCGCCUUGCCAAAGCCCUGGCCCUGCCCUGAAGACUGCCCUGGUACCCGGGGUGUACGUGUGUCCGUCUGCCUGUACAUGCACUUCUGCCCCUGCCUCCCCCUGCGAUUGUAGGGGGAUUCCUUGAGAUGCCAGCUCCGCAGGCCCAUCUGCAGCCACUGUACGCUCCUGGACAUCACACCGCAUGUCCUGCGUGGAACCAGCGGCUGCCAGGGGAUGUGCCAGCUGGGACUAACGGGCGCCAUCUCUGACCCAUCCGCACACCUUAGACCUCAGUUUCUCCGCCUGGUAACUCAGUAGGGUGGGGAGAACAGGCAGUCACUAUGUUCGAAUCGCUGUGGGAAAUGGUGGGGCCUUGUUCUGGGUCUCCUGGGGCAGCCAGAUCUUGGCUGGGAGAGAGCUGGCUGCUGGGGCCAUUUGCUGGUUACUGCCAGGGCAGUUGCUUCCACAAUGGUGCCUACUCGUUGCCCGCCUCACACCCCACUUCCUCCUGCCUCACGGGGUAGAUACGGGCCUAGCACAGAGAUCCCGCCUUUGAGCCCGAUUCCCCCGUGGGUUCACCUCUCUCUGCCUCUUGGAUUCCUCGCAGCCUCUUGCCACCUUCAGUGUGACAAGUCCUCUGAGCGGUUAGGGCUGCUUUCACGUCAACCCAUCGAGGCGCCUGUGGUCACACGCCCACCUCCGCCGGACCACCAUGGUGGGAGGAGCAAGGAACCUUCCUCCCGGGGCCGCCCACAGAGAGCCUGCCCACCAGCCUUUUGUACCUUGAUUGCCUUACGGAGUUGCUUGCGGGGACCAGUUUACAAACCAUGGCCACCGAAGAGCCUCCUGCCCCAGAGCUUGUGGGCACAUGGACAUACACACAUAUACACACACAUGCAAACACACACAUCAUUUCCCCCACUUCAUUGAAACCAGCCUCUAAACAGGACCAAAUAUGCCAGUAUUUACGCCCUCAGAGAAGCACAGAGCAGGGGAGAGAGCUGCUUGAACUCACGCAGCAAGCCAGCAGCAGACGGCUGUUUUCCUUCUCCCUCUCCAGGGACUUUGUACGUCAGUUAAUCUUAAGCUCUCCUUUGGGGAGAAAAUACCAUGGUCUCAGGUCUCUGUCCCAGAGCAGAUCCCAGGACCCUAAGUCUGAUAGAAAAUGCGUGUCUUUGUUCCACCUCCAGCAUGGCUGGUGUGGGGUACCUUCCCUUGGGGUCUGGGGAGGGCCUGAGGGCCCCUCUCUGCACGAUCAUGAUGAAGCACUUGGCUCCAUGCACCUGUCCCCGCUUUGAUACUGGGGAGUAUUUUUUUAAAGAUUUCCAGGAAGUAGUUCACACCUAUUUUGUAUGCGUUGCGAGAAGUUCAAAGAGAGCUGAGAAAUGUCUGUGUCAUUUCUCCUGUAUCCUGGGUUUAUAAUAAAGAGUUUUCUAUUUUGGGAA